CAUUCAACAUCCCGCUGUCCUCUUUCCUCGUUCGUCUUCCUCUCCUCUGCUCGAGAGCACAGACUGCAGACAACGGCAACGGCAAGCGGCCCGAAGGAAGAGCCAAUCAUCAACCAACUGAGCUCGAGGUACCCCGCCUCACUUCACUCCUCGCGAGCUCGUGCUGGGCCUUCCUUCCCUUCCAGCCUUUGCUUCUGUCCCGGAUCCCGCUUCGCCUGUACGGUUCUUCCGCACCCAGAGCAGCAGAGAUGGCUUCCGUCGCCGCCGCCGGGGAGUUCGCGCUCGCCGUCGCGCUCGGCUGCGCCUACAUCCUGGCCCCAAUCCUCGACUCCCUCGAGGGCAUCUCGCCGCGCAGCGCCGCGCUCGACGCGGCCGUCGCCGCCGCCCUCGUCACCCUCCCGGUCACGUACCUGCUCGGCGUCGUCCUCGUCUACCUCCACGUGACCCCGGCGCCGCCCGUGGCCCCGGGGGCCGCCAGGCGGCUCGCUGCCCUGCUGGCCUGCGCCGCGGCGUCCGCCUCGCUCGGCGCGUUCAUGUCCCUGAGCCUCUCAGGCGCGGGCGGUUCACCGCCGGGGUGCGGCCAGUGAGGUCAGAGCGCGGACAAACAUCAGCAAGGCAGACAGCAGAACAGCGCACUGACGAAAGCAAGGUAUUUUUUUAGGAUAGUUCUUGACCACGAAUCCUUACUCCAGCUAGAGCUACGAGAGACCGGAGUCUAUGGAAAUUGGAAUCUUCUAUCAGUUCGGCGUGCCGCUGCAAGUGGACCCACAACACGCCGGCGACACGGCGGGCAGCGGCGGCGAUGGCUCGACCGGCAAAUGGACAAUUCCAGUUAGCUGUUACGACAGUGAGGUGUCGACGCCUCAAUGGGUGUACAGCCUAAUAAUCACCUAGACCUAGUAGAGUAGCAGUAGUUGCUGGGUGCUCCACCGUCACUCUCUAUGACUAUGACGUAUGGUGUAUAUUAUUUUGUUUUUUUUUCACCACUUAUAGUUGACUUUGAGUUACCCCGCGUGAUUUAUCCUGCCUGGCUUCUUUUCCCCCAAGGCCCUGUUUA